CUCGACCAUUGCUUGCGACAAGUCCCAUAACCACCUCGACGUCGCACGGAAAGACCACUUGGUCCCCAGUUCACCAUGCCGGACGACAACGUUUCCUCACCUCCCCUACCAACACCCCGAUCGAAACCAGUCAGCGAAGCACUCUUGAACGAAAAGUGGGAUCGCGCAAUUUCAGAUACGGUCAUCAAGUCCGGCUUAGGAUUUUCCUUCGGCGUCAUAUUUUCAGUAUUGUUAUUCAAGCGAAGAGCAUGGCCUGUCUGGUUCGGGACCGGUUUUGGCGCAGGACGAGCUUGGGAAGCAGCUGAUGCAAAUUUUAAGAGGGGCGACGCAACGGACGGUCUCCGAAAAGUACGCAUCGAAAGAUAGACGGCCAUUGGGAAGAGUCAGAGGGAAGGUUGUUGAGCAUCGCAAUUCAAACGUACCAUUGUACAACAUGUACAGAGCACCUCUUGUUGAGAGGAUCGACUGAUACCUUAUGAGCCAUUCUGAAUUUCCGCCACGACUCUGUCUCUUCUACGUCUCUUCAUUUCCGGCCGCACCGACCUCUAUCUGCUGGACUUUUCGUUCUCAAUCUCUCGCCGAAUACUGUCCAACUCUGCCUCCCGUUUCCUCAAAUGCGACUCCAGCCCAUCUAUCUGCUCCGCAACCAGUGCCAGAUCAUCCCGCAGCCUCUUGAGAUCAUUGCC